AAACGAGUAGCCGGUCGGACGCCUUCUUUCUUUAAAAAAAAAGGUUUCUAGCGGCUCCGCUUGGACAAUCAGGCGGAUAUGAAGAAAGAGUGCAGUCCACACUUAUGAGUCAAGAUGCGGACUGCCUGUGCUGCGGAAGUGCUUUGAUGUGUCAAUAAAACAAUAAGUUCACAAACUCGUGAAGUGUUUUAUCAAAACGGUGUCAUCAUGUUCUUAUUAAAGAUAGCACCUAUAUUUCUCCUGGCUCUCGUUGUGGCAGCUGAGAAAAAGAUAGAGUUGCAGGAUAUAGAAGAAGAUAAUUUGAGAAGUGAAAAGGAAAAACAGUAUGAGAAAUCUGGAGGACAACAGCAAGUGUAUAGUUCUUCAGCUCCUGGCUUGGUACCACUUGACUAUCUCAAAAAUAAUUUCGUACAAUUCUAUGACCCGACUCAAGCACCACAGCAGAAUCGAUAUGUUCAUCAAUAUGCUGUUACUGAACAUCCAGAAAGACCAUCCGUUACUCCGAAACCUCAGUAUGGAGCACCAACACAGCAAGAGUAUGUCAGAUAUUUGACAAAUGUACCAAUGCAAUUUUAUUUAGUUCCUCAAUACUACAAUGAACCUACAGAGCAAGCAGCGCAUCCUCGACCUGAAGUUCAACUACCUGCGCCAGCUGUAACCCAAGUGACUUAUCAGGAACCUCAAAAUGUUCAACAACAUGCUGGUUACAUUCAAGUGCCUACGUAUGUGACACCAACGGCAAAAACAUAUCUACAGCCUUACAAUGCUCCUGUAUCAUAUUAUAGUUACACACAGCCGACAAUAGCACCAACGCAGGCCUCUGUUACCCCAGUUUUAGCAUAUCAAAUGCCAGUUGUUCACUAUCCCACUGCUAUUUCUGCACCACCACCAAAGGGUUAUUACCAAAGUCCUCAAUACAUAGACACGAAUUCUGUUGAUGAAAGUCAAAACAACGAUUUAAAUAAUCAUAAGUCUUAUCCUAGUCACAUUGAAGAAUCAUUACCAAAACCUACGGGUUCAGGUUAUCCAAGGUACUACAAUUCUCGGACGCCUAUAAGAAAUGAAUAUAGACAUCCUAUAGAACUGCCCAGUCCAAGCCCACUUCUUUUGAAGGCCCCACCGGCACAUUUAGCACAUAUCCCAAAAGCAUUGCCAAUUUACCGUCCUGUAACGAAACCGGCUUACCCAACUGGAGGAGGAUACGUAUCAAGUACAUUUAGUCCUAGACCGAAUGAAAAUUACGCAAUUCCUUUUAAGAGGCGACCAACAUCUUUAUUGGAUUCAUAUAUCCCAUCCAGUAUUCAGAUAGAAUAUAUGAAAAGAGGUUAUACGAAAGAUUCAUUAUCUGCCUACGAAGCGUUAUCCAGUGGCAGACAUUUAUCACAGUUGCCCCAGGCAUCGGUUAUACCGAGACAUUACGAGCGAGGAUUUCUACCGAAUCAAAUGUAUCAUACGGCUGCAGGCGGUAUUACAUAUGGACAUCACAAAAGAGCUCCAAAAUUGGAGAAAAUUUCACAAAAAUAGCCUUUACUAGAGUUUUCUUUAGACCUAUAAUAGGAUAUAAUAAUAUCCUAUUAUAGGUCUAAUUUUAUACGAAUAUAUAAAACGAAUAGAGUAAUAUUUAUCAUACGAUGAAGUUGUUGUAAUGAUAGUUAUAAUUAACUUUAUUUUAGUGUUUUAUAUCUGUUAUUAUAAUAAGAUCACAAACAUAGAUAAAACUUCAUUAUUGUCCAUAUUAAUUUAAAACAACAGGUUUGGAUAAAGAAGUAUUUCUUGGAGAUAACACUUGCACACAUUCAAAGAUCAAAUACAUUAAAUAUAAAAUUAAGCAUCUGUGCUUUAUUGCUAUUAAAAUUAAAGCUUAAACGUUCUUAAAAAAGAAAAAAUAAUGACAGACUUUAGUUUUUUAAAAUCAGAAUGUGCCUGAGUUUAGUUUAUAGAAUCAUUCACAAUUAUUGUUACUAAAUAUUAAAAUGUAAGAGACCGUUUUAACGAGGCUUGUCUUGUUUUUUUAAUGUUUUUACGAAUCGAUA